GACCACAAUCGCACUCAGCAUUGAGUCUGCGUCAUGUCAGACGUGAAGUCUUCAGGCGCCCAAUCGCUUACUUCAGCCUUGUGCCCACGUGGAUGAUGUUACUACAGCUAUUCUAUACCUGUAAUUCAGUGCUCUCGAAGCCAACCUCCUCCUACCAAACGAAUACGAGUGCUUCUGGAACUUUCGAAGUUGGGCUGAGCCUCUCUAUACCAUGUCUGAGCAGGAUUUUGCUCGUCUGGGCAACUAUGCCCUCAUGCUGCAAAAAUCGCCAGCGAUCGAUAGGCGCAAAUGCAUGCGCACUGUGCCAAUGGAGGUCUUAUCGCUCGGGCCUUCGAGGACCGGUACUCUGUCUAUGCAGCGAGCCUUCGUAAUAUUAGGCUACGCAGAUCCUUACCAUUUCUCUAGCAUUUUCGGCAAUGUCAAAGACUGCGACAUGUGGAAAGAGGCCUUCCACGCCAAGUAUCACGGUCGAGGCUCUUUCGGAAAGGAACAGUGGGACCAGCUGCUCGGACAUUGCAGUGCUGUCACCGAUUUCCCAUGUGCAUAUUUCGGACCAGAGUUGAUGGAUGCCUAUCCGGAGGCACGAGCUGUGUUGGUUGAACGGCAUGUUGACAAAUGGGUCAAAAGCUUCGGAACGCUGAUCAAUGAAGCAUACCACCCCGUGUCGACUAUUCUUGGCAUAUUGGAUCCAACAUGGAUGGGACGCAUCAACGGUGUGGGCUAUGCCAUGAUUACCGCGAUGACUGGACAGAGCACUGAACGACAAAUCAUGCGCCACGCCAGGACAUCUUACGAAAAGCACUAUCAGUGCGUCAGAGAGGAAGUGCGUGCACGAUCUGUCCCCUUGCUGGAAUACCGACUUGGAGAGGGCUGGUUGCCGUUGUGCCAAUUCUUAGGCAAAGACAUUCCGCAAGACGCAAACAGUGUGGAAAUACCAUUUCCACAUAUGAACGAGAAGGACAACAUUCAAGCUGUGUUCUCGGUCAUGGCUCGGAAAAGCUUGGGAAACGUGUUGAGAAAUGUCUUCGUUGCUGCAUGCGUCUUGUUCCUGGUUGCUUGGAUCUCUUCCCAGUUGGUGUUCUAGGGGUGCCGAUACAAGAGCUCGAGCUCACUUUUGGAUGAUUAUCUCUCCCUGCAUCAUUGCUAGAAUCGCAUCAUCUUGGGUGGCCCAAUCUUCCCAAGCCUCAGCCAUUUCAUCAAUCUC